CGGGGUGUGCGUUGACUCGACCCCAGGAGAGCUGGAAAAGCCGGGGGACCUAGAGGAGCUUGUGGCGUUGCUGGAGGAGGAGGACGAGCAAGCCAUGGGCAGCGGGGCCAGCGCCGAGGACAAGGAGAUGGCCAAGAGGUCCAAGGAGCUGGAGAAGAAGCUCCAGGAGGACGCCGACAAGGAGGCCAAGACGGUCAAGCUGCUGCUGCUGGGGGCUGGAGAGUCAGGGAAGAGCACCAUCGUGAAGCAGAUGAAGAUCAUCCACCAGGACGGGUACACGGAGGAGGAGUGCAUGGAGUUCAAGGCCAUCAUCUACGGGAACAUCCUGCAGUCCAUCCUGGCCAUCGUCCGUGCCAUGUCCACUCUGGGCAUCGACUACGCCGAGUCUGCCUGCGCGAACCGGAUGCACGAGUCCCUGCACCUGUUCAACAGUAUAUGCAACCACAAGUUCUUCGCAGCCACCUCCAUCAUCCUCUUCCUCAACAAGAAGGACCUUUUCGAGGAGAAGAUCAAGAAGGUUCAUCUCAGCAUCUGCUUCCCGGAGUACGACGGCCCCAACACGUUCGAGGACGCCGGGAAUUACAUCAAGACCCAAUUCCUGGACCUGAACAUGAGGAAGGACGUGAAGGAGAUUUACAGCCACAUGACCUGUG